CUCUCUCUCUCUCUCUUGAUUUUUCUCCUGCACCGACCGGCGCACAGCGGAUGGGUAAAGAGCGGUCCGAGAGCGCAACUCGUGCGCGCUUCUACAUCAAGAUUUAACCAUUACAACCAUCAAAAACCAUCAGAAGCCCAUCACCAGAUCAUCCCAGGCUUUCGGACCGAGAACUCAGGGGGGGUCUCCGGGAAGCUUUUAAACCGCGUGCAAGAAAAAAAGAGGGCCAUGCCUUUUGGCUGUUUAACGCUCGGAGAGAAGAAGGACUACAACAGUCCCACAGAAAUCACAGACAGAUAUGAUCUGGGCCAGAUUGUUAAAUCGGAAGAAUUCUGCGAGAUCUUCCGAGCCAAGGACAAGACGACGUCGAAAAUGUACACCUGCAAAAAGUUCCUGAAGAAGGACGGGAGGAAAGUGCGCAAGGCUGCGAAGAACGAGAUUUUCAUCCUGAAGAUGGUGAAGCAUCCUAACAUUCUCCAGCUUGUGGACGUCUACGAGACGAGAAAGGAAUAUUACCUCUUCUUGGAGCUUGCUACAGGUAGAGAGGUGUUUGACUGGAUCCUGGACCAGGGCUACUACUCCGAGAAAGACACCAGCAACGUGGUUCGGCAGGUGCUAGAGGCCGUGGCGUACCUACACUCGCUCAACAUCGUCCACCGCAAUCUGAAGCUGGAGAACCUGGUGUAUUACAACCGCCUGAAACACUCCAAAAUAGUCAUCAGUGAUUUCCACCUGGCUAAGCUUGAGAACGGGCUCAUCAAAGAACCAUGUGGAACUCCGGAGUAUCUGGCUCCAGAAGUUGUUGGGAGACAGAGAUAUGGCCGAGCCGUGGACUGCUGGGCUCUCGGAGUGAUCAUGUACAUACUACUUUCUGGCAACCCUCCAUUCUACGAAGACGCAGAUGACGACGAUUACGAGAACCAUGACAAGAACCUGUUUCGCAAAAUUCUGGCAGGAGAUUACGAGUUUGAUUCGCCGUACUGGGACGAAAUCUCUGACUCGGCUAAAAGUCUUGUAGCACGUCUUAUGGAAGUCGACCAGGAUCAGAGACUCACAGCACAGGAAGCCAUCAACCACGAGUGGAUAUCAGGAAACGCUGCCUCAGAUAAGAACAUCAAGGAAAAUGUUUGUGCACAGAUGGAGAAGAACUUCGCAAGAGCCAAGUGGAAGAAAGCCGUGAGAGUCACGACCAUCAUGAAGAGGCUGCGGGCUCCAGAGCACCACCAAUCUGCUGCUACAGCUCAACCUGGCGAGGGAGCUACAGACCCUGCAGGAGGAACACAGGAAAACCCCCAGGCUCCAGCCCAGGCCUCCACGGAGCCCCCUGCUGUUCUGGAGGCAUCUAACGCACAAGCUUCUUCAUCGUGCAACGGCGAAUCUCCAACUCCCCUCCCCUUUGCCACACAGCCCGGGGACGAGCAGAACGGCUAAACUCCGUAUCUCAGUCGUCCCUCCGACCCCCUACAUCCCUCGCAGCACACCCUCAGCUCUGUAAAUUAGCCUUUAGCAUGGUCAACCUGAGCCUGCUUCGCUCUCAUGCUAACAUUAGCAUCUCCAUGUCUUUUCUUGAGCUUCGUCUUUUCUUGUAUUUGCUAAUCUUACAAGCCAUAAAUGUCGCGUACGAUAUACACAGUUACUUACUCUAGAAUUACUUUACGUACACACACACACACACACACACACACACACACACAAACAUAUAUCCUUUGAGAAAUUUCGAAACUCUGAUUUUUUGAGUAAAGUAACUCUUUCAUGUACGCCUUACACUUUUUGUUGCUACUCAGGGGUGCCAACAUUAUUACUCACUGGUAAAGAUGUAGUAUUUACAAUCUCUGACUUCUGUGACAUUCCUGCUGUCACAAGCAGAAAAUGAUUCCCUUCAUUGGGAAGUCACCGAAUUGGAAAAGUACUGAUUGGCUCCUGUUUGAGCGAAUCAUUUCCCAUCUGUGGCUUCACAGGUCUCUCUGUUUGUAAAAAAAAGAUCCCAUCAACACGCCUCCAGCCAUGUUGGCACCUCUGGGUACAGCUUCGCUCCUGUGCUCAGGAAAACUUGCCGUGGCUCAUUAGCGAUUGUUAAAAAAAUAAAAAAAAUAAAAAUACGGUCUGUUAAUAUUCGAGUCCACAGAGACGUAGCCAAAAAAAAAACUGCAUGCGUUUUACGAUUUCCGUUUCCUGCCACAUGUUCAAAUAUGUCUGAAUAUCGGCCUUACACGGACAGUUCAGUCCCUCCUGGUUUAGCCAUUUCGAUUACAUAUUUAACACCAAAUAAUACAAUGAGAUUGGUACGGGAAGUGCGCUACAUGCUACACUCUAGCGGGAUGCACAGCUAGCCUGAGCUAGCUUUGCCAACAAAUGUACGAUACUCACAACACGAUUAUUGUGGCAUCCUAUGAGAUAACGAUUGAAUUCUUUUAGAACAUUUUUAUAGACACCAUACAAAAGCUACAUGUUAGUCGCCGAUUUGUUUCGGCUAGGCUAGGCUAAGCCAUGCAACGCUAUGCUAAUGACGGUAUAGUUUUAUUGUUUGUAAGUUAAAUGUGACGUGUGAACUGUUUUAGCCACUAUGCAUUCGAAGUCAGCAUUUGGAGAUUCACCAGGAGCUUCAGCCAAGACAUGCAGCUUGUGGGUGCUUUUUAUUUUAGCUUCUACUCUCAUAAAAAUCGUACAGUGUAGGCGUCUAAUUCUCAAAAAAUUACUUUGGAACAUUGAAGCUCUACGUUCCAUUUUGGGAGGCGGAGCCGGACAGAGCUUUGGUGUUGAUACCAAAAUAUAUUUAAAAAACUAAAUUGCGGUUGUCCAAGAUGGCCGCCCAAAAAUCGAGGGUCUGUCCAUGUUUCUAGCGGAAUUGUUCGUUUGUUUGUUCAUUUAUUUAUUUAUUGAAUAAUUAUGUGUUCAAUCCCAAAGCUAUUGACAUACUCAGUUUUUGUGUCCACGCUCCUACAUACUACACAUCCAAUAAAAAUAUAUAAUAUUAUUUACAAAAAUAAAUUCUAUAAUAUUUACAUUAAUAAUAGUCCAAUAAAAUAACCUUCUUUAAUUUACAAAUAUUUAUUCGUCCAUUGUACAGAAUUCUGUUACAUUUAUUUUACAUCGUAAUAUAUUUUGUCACUUGAAUCUACAUCAUAUAUACAUUUAUUUCGACAUUUCCAUGCAUUAUAGCAUGAAGUCCGAGGGAAAUCUCAUGAGCCGGGUCUCGGUUUCAGGUGGCAUGACCGAGGAGAUGUGUGU